CGUCACGUGACAUAAAAUGUCAACAUCAUCUCUCGCUGCUUGCCUUUCAGAUCUCAGACAUUUAGGUUUAUUUUGGGAAUGUUCCGCUAAUAAACAGUGCUGUUAGAUUGUCCUGUUAAAGGAUGGCUGUCGCACACACGGGCAAGUCCUCCCUUGUCCACAGCCUGGCCGCACUGCUCCGAAACGAUGGGGGCGAGGUGCUGAGCGGCAGCAGCACCCUGACCCUUCAGGCGUCCACGCUGGCCCAGCUGACGCUGCUGUUCGAGCAGUACCUGCUCUCCCGGCCCGGCGCCCAACACGGCUUCCUGGCGCUGGCCUCCCACCCCGCCGACACACACUCCCUGCUGGAGCUGCAGUUCCUGUUUGACGUGCUGCAGAAGACUAUCUCACUGAAGCUGAUAGAGGUGCCCGGGUCGAGGACUCAGUCUGCAGUGAAGAUCUUCCCUUUCAAGUCCCUCAAGAUCCUGGAGUUGAAGCGUAUCCCUCCUCACCGUCUGGAGGGACUGAGAGGAGUGUACUCCCAGCUGGAGGUCUUCAAGUGCUCCAGAAGCCUCACCUCCCUGGAGGAGCUGCUGUCACUGUGUGGAGGUGACCUGAGUUCGGCACUCCCCUGGCUAGACCUCCACACUCUAAACUUCAGCUACAACUCUAUUCCUUGCCUGGAUGCCUCGCUGAGUCUGCUGAAUGUGCUGACGUCUAUGGAUCUGAGUCACAACAAGAUCCAGGACUGUGCUGAGUUCCUCAAGCCUCUCGGUGAGUUGAAGUAUUUGAACCUGGGCUACAACAACCUGCAGAGGGCGCCAUCGCUUGCCCCUAGCGCCCAGGCCAAGCUGCACACACUCAUCCUCCGCAACAACGAGCUGGAGACCAUCAACGGUGUAGAACAGUUGUCGUCGCUGCAACACGUGGACCUUGCCUACAACCUGCUGCUAGAACAUUCUCAGCUCGCUCCUCUGGCACUGCUGCAUGUUCUCUCCACGCUCAUCCUGGAUGGGAACCCUCUGUUCUUCCAGAGGAACCACCGCAUUGCAACCGUCCGUCACCUCUCACCCCGGGCGGCCCACCUCAGGCUCAAGCUGGACGGCUGCACGUUGACCUCAUCAGAGCUGUCCGUCCUGCCCAAACCGGGGCAGCUCAUUGGCCAUUCCCAGGCCCCGCCCCCGGUUGCCAGGGAAACGGAGCGUGGUGCAGAGGAAGGGUCCAGCGGCGCGGGGGAGCUGAGCGACAGUAUGUCCGUGGGCGAGGUGGCGGUGACGCGGGUCCGCAGGAAGAAGGCCAGGGCCAAGGUGAAGGUGAGGAGGGCCAGCAUCUCUGAACUCAGUGACACAGAUCACCAGCCCAGACCACGGACCUCCUCUCAAGACAUCGUGCUCCCCCACCAGAAGGACAUAGAGCGGAUGGACAGCUUCCGGGAGCAGCUGGGGGAGGACUGGCUGCGCUACCAGCAUCACCUCGAGGUGGCACCACCUACCAACUCCACUCCCCUCACCGCCAGCAGCAAUGGCUUAGACCUCCCCCCAGACCGGGCACCAGAGCUCCCGGAGGUCCUGGAGGUCCCACCCCCGCCAGCCCCCUGCUCCCAGCCCAGGGAGGGGGCCUGGGCUGGGGGAGUGGAGCAGGAGACUGAGGAGUCCACCCUACGGUGGAGCUGUCAGAGCCCAGGAGAGACCCAGUCCACCCUGGAGGGAGAGGACGGGUCCGCGCCCAUGAAGAAGAGCGGGGACACCAGAGAAGAAGAGGAGGAGGAGGACCUGGGAGUGGACCUGUGUCCCCCGCUGCUGGUGGGAGUGCUGUCCAGCGGUGAUGAGCAGCAGGAGGAAGAGGAGGAGGAGGAGAGCAGUAGGAGCAGGAGCCAGGGGAAGGAGGUGUUCCUGAGGGUGAAGCAGUCCCUCAUGGUGGAGGUCGAGGUGCAGCGGGGCAUGGAAAUCCGUCGGCUCGACCUGGACUCCCUGAGCAGAGUGGAGCUCACACAGAACUCCUGGAGGAGGGAGGGUCAGGUAGAGUCUCUUCCUGGUGUGAUUCUUCACUUCAGUGUGAUCGGCCGAGAGAGGAGGCGGAGCUACGUCCUAUUGGACGACAACCCACAGCACGCUCUACAGAUGCUGUCUGACAUGCUGUGCGGCGUGGCGGAGCUGAACCGUCAGCGUGAUGUGGUCAUGGCGGUGGGCCGUCCGAGUGGCGCCCGGCGGCUGCAGUGUCUCCGCUGCUGUUCAGAGUUCACCCUGCAGGGGGCCGUGGCCGGGGCCCUGAGGGAGAGGCCAGAUGAGGAGGAGGGCAGUGAAAACAGCACGGCAGUUGAUCUGGCCGUCCAAUCAGCUCUCUCCAGCAGCACACCAAUGAAACACGCCAGAGACCGGGAGAGCCCUGCCCAUGUCAACUCGUCUCUAAAUUCCUUCUCCGACGAUUUGUUGUCCCGUGACACAAACCCCAGCAGCAGUCCAAUACCAGAGUACACCCUCAACGCCACCGCCGUCUCCACCUCCUUCAGCGCCUCUCAAGACCCCUCAUCCCUGUUCGUCACGGCUCAGGAGAGCUCCCUCCAGGCCGGGCAGGACCAGGUGGAUUCCUGGGCCGAGACCCACGGCAAAGAAGAGCUAGCAGGGAGCUACUGCUACGCUAGCACUGGGAUUAGCAUGGCGGCUAGCGGCGAUGAACUGAGUGGAGCAGAGCAGCCUGAUAGGUUGAGCCCCAACGGUGACCUGGAUGUGCUGGCGGAGGACUACGACGCCGUGGACCACAGACUGCAGCUCUUUCUCGACAUGGAGGUGUUUGAGGAGGAGGAGGAGGAGCUGCAUUCCUUCAUCAAGAUGUCCACGGUUAGAUUUGGCCAACUGGGGGAGUCUCCCUCUCUUCUGGUCGUGUCCAAUCAGAGGCUCUACUUCCUGGAGAUGUCAUCUUCCACCCACAACGGCCAGCUGUCCGAUCGGCUGCAGAAGAGGGACAGCCAUCCAAUCACGGAGCUGAGCUACCUGGAGGUGGGCCUGUGCUCCCAGACCAUCCACAUGGAGUUUGAGGAAGGGGGCGGUGCUUACACCCUGCUGGUGCGGGACGACGCCCGCUGCAAACGCUUCUUCGGCCGCCUGACCGGUGUAGUACGUGAGUUGGCUCCGAAGUCCAGCAGCAAACUGAAGUCUAUCUCCAACUCCCGCCUCCACCCCCAGCACCACCUCUGGCCUCUGGUGUGUGAAGACGAAACCGAAGCAGAAGACGGUCAUCUUCACUUCUUCUAUCUGCUAGCGUUCCUAUUCCAAGACAACAGCUGGACUCCACUGACUGUACUGGUUACCAAGGAGACGCUUUACUUGCUUGACGAAAACCACCAAUGGUGUAAGAGCCCGGCGACCCUCGAAGCCAAUGACAGCGUGGAACCAUCGAGUGGGGCGGCGAUCGUCCUGGAGAGCCAGCCAAUCAGCUGCGUGAGCUCGGCAAAACUCUGGCCCUCUGACGCAUGCAGGAUGGACAUUCAGCUGUACGACGAGACGCUGAAGGAGGAGAGGACCUGGAGCCUGCGCUCCGAGACCCCCCAGCUCACCGCCCAUCUGCUCACCUGCGUCCGCAACCAAUGGGAAACCAUGUUCGGAGUCGCACUCGCAACCACCCUGCACGACCCCGCCACCUCCUGAGUUGGCCUGUGUGUGUGUGUUAGUGUGUGUUAGUGUGUGGAUGUGUGUUAGUUUUGAGUGUGUGUGUGUGUGUGUGUGUUUUGCUGCUGUUGUAUUCGCUACGCAAUGUGACGUAAUCAUAUUAAAACAUUUUAAAGCUUGGUUUAAAGCUGUGCCUUUGAAACACGUUAACCUUCUCUGGCUGACGGGGGGUCUGAGUGUGGGUGGGAGGGCGUGCGUGUCAAUGCGUAUGUGUGUGCGCGCGUGCGAGUAGAGUUAGGCACACAUGCAUGCCUAACUAAGCCAUGCCGUCUCCCUCGUCAAAAGGUCACCCGCGGUCACGGUGACCAUGAAGGUGACCUUGGGCGUAACCUCGGCACCCAUGCAGGAUCACGUGAAAAAAAAGGUUUCCUCAAAGUGAGAGCAGCUCUGUAGCGAGUGAGCGGUUAUUGGUGCGAGCGAGUGGGUGUGUUGUUGUGUUGGGCGUGGCGGUCGCAACAGCGUAAUUCCGUUGAGGAUGAUGAGGUCCGUCGCCUUCAGUAACCGUAAUUUAUUUGGAUCAAAUUGUUUUUGAAAUUUCUAACAAAAGUAUAUUUUUCUAUACGAGAACAAUGUGUGAUGAAUAAAAUGAAAUGUUAUCGUUGUGAACAGCGUUUCACUUUGUAUACUUUAUAUGGGUGGUUUGUUUAUAGACAAAAGAGAAACAUAAAGCUAUGGACGGGACUAAAGUCAAUGAGAACAGCCUAUAGUGAACUCUUGAAUAUUUACUUAACUGAUUGGGACAAAACAAGUCAAGUGUUUUGAAUCAACAAGUUGGGGGUUUUAGAUUAACAUGUUAAGUUUAUGUGGCAUGGGAAUGGCAAGUAUGUGGCCCCCUGCUAGAGAUGCUGCCCCCGACCUGACCUUGGAUGAGUGGUUUGAAGAUGGGGAUGAGGAAGGCAAGUUUAUAAUAUUUCUGUCAAUCCCAAACCCCACCUCCCACUCCAUGCCUUGUAGACUCCCUCACCACUGAAUGCCUUCCUGUAUUAAAAAGGUUUUUCUUAUAAACGUCUAGCUACAUUUUGUGUAAUAAUCUAAUCCCUAUUACAGACGACGGUCUCUGUAAAGCAAAUUUUAACAUCUAAGUUGCAAUGUAUGCAGGGGUUCUUUGAACGCAAAAUUGAAGACACCAUCAAGGCAUAUAAUAAUAAUAUUAAUACAUUUUAUUUAGAGGCGCCUUUCAAGGCACCCAAGGUCAAUAUAAUAUAAGCACGUUAUAUAAUCAUAAGAAAGUGGCAAACUACAGCUUGUAUAAUAUUACGGAUAAAUUGCCACGCCCAAUAUUCACACUAUGAGGUACUUCAAAGUAAAAGCCCCGCCUUCUCUGGGCGCUAAUUGAGAUUCCAGAUGUUAGUGAUGCUGAACAGUAGCCCACUAGCUGCUCUCUGGUUUCACACUGCUGGGCCUCCUUGGAAGGGGGUGGGGGGAGAA